AUGGGCUUCAGGAUCAGCUACCUGUGGAGCGCUCCAGCAGUCAACCCCAUCAACAGGAAAGCACGAACGAUCCCAGUUCUCAACCCCAUCAACAACUACGGUCGUGUAUUCUUCUUCUCGUGGUUUGGUUUCCUGCUCGCAUUCUGGUCGUGGUACGCCUUUCCACCUCUGCUCCACGAGGUCAUCGCCAAGGACUUGAAACUCACGCAAAUCCAAGUGAGCAACUCAAACAUCAUUGCUCUCUGCGCCACGCUUCUUGUGCGUCUCGUUGCCGGACCAUGCUGUGAUCGAUUCGGCCCACGACGGACCUUCGCCGGAUGUCUUCUCCUCGGUGCCAUCCCAACCUGGCUCGCCGGAACAGCAUACAACGUGAGCCAGCUAUACGCUCUUCGAUUUUUCAUCGGCAUCCUCGGAGGAAGCUUCGUGCCAUGCCAGGUGUGGACCACCGGCUUCUACGACAAGAACAUCGUCGGAACCGCCAAUGCCCUCACCGCUGGUCUUGGUAAUGCCGGAGGUGGCAUCACCUACUUCGUCAUGCCAGCUGUCUACAACAGUCUCGUCGGAGACGGCCUCACUCCCCACGUCGCAUGGCGAGUCACCUUCAUCGUCCCAGGCAUCCUCAUCACAUCCGUCGCUUUCGCCCUCCUCCUCCUCUGCGAUGACACUCCCACCGGCAAAUGGUCCGAACGCGCCCAAGCCAAUCUCCGCCUCCAACCACCUCUCAUAGUCGACAUCCCCGGCCAAGUCAACGAAAAGACAAAAUCCUCCUCUAACUCUGGUACUUCAACCCCAGCAGCCGUCAACGACGAAGAAAAGAAACUCGACCAAGCCCGCCCCACCACCUCCCCCCAACUCGGCUCAACCCACCCCCUCAACGAAACAAUCCAACCCCCCUCCCUCUCCCAAACUUCCCACAUCCUCCUCUCCCCCCAAACCCUCGUCCUCGCCUCCUGCUACUUCUGCACCUUCGGCGCCGAACUCUCCCUCAACAGCAUCCUAGGAACCUACUACCUCAAAACCUUCCGCCCGUCCCCAACCCCCGAAACAGCCUCCAACUGGGCCGCAAUGUUCGGCCUCAUGAACAUCCUCUUCCGACCUUUGGGAGGAGCAAUCAGCGACGUGCUAUACUCGAAACUUCACAAAAAUAUCUGGGCGAAGAAGGCGCUGUUACACACCUACAACCUCCUCACCGGAACCUUCCUAGUCGUGAUCGGCACCACGGAUCCACAUUCUUUGACGACGUUAGUCUGUCUUAUCGGAGUGGCCUUGGCGUUUUUUCUGGAAGGGGGGAAUGGGGUGAAUUUCUCGUUGGUGCCGCAUGUGUAUCCGCGAGCGAAUGGGGUUGUGAGUGGGGUUACGGGGGCGAGUGGGAAUUUGGGAGGGAUUGUUUUUGCGGGUGUGUUUCGGUGUGUUGGGGAGGAUAUGAGGAAAGGAAUUUGGAUUGUUGGGGUUGUGAUUUUGGGGGUGAAUGCCGUGGUUUGUUGGGUUAGGCCGGUGCCGAAGGGAAACUUUGGAGGGUGA